CAAAUGGUACUUUGUCUCGAUCACCAGUAAACCAAGUAAACUCAGAAACCCUCUUUUAACUUUGAUGCAAAGAUCCGAGUACUUAAUGUGCAUAAGCGAGCAAUUUUUUUAUCCGUAAACUCCAGCUGAAGCCCGUUCCAGCAAUGGCGGAAUCAGUUGAAACAGCGCAGAAAUCUUCAAAUGAAGCCCCAAGUUUUCUGAAUUUCAAAUGCGAGGAAGAAACAGAGGCUUCGAUCCAGGAGAAAAAACGCGCGGAAAUGCUCAAACACCUCGGAGAUCUCAACAAUGCCCGCCUUCAGCAAUCACAGUCACGUAAGUCCGAAACCCUCUCUGCGCCCGUCUUUGAAUCAGUUGAGACGUUUUUGAAACGUUUUUCUCAGACCAAACAAAAAAUCCUUAAGGCUCUCGAUGAAUAUCUCGAAAAGGGGGAUAAUCAAGAAAGAACCCUAGUUAAAUCUGGUUUAGAAACCCUAAGGGCCGAAAUUGCUGACCUGGAAAAGCUAGUGGCCGAAGGUUCGUAUUUCCUGCCUUCGUACGAAGUCCGCGCUGCUCGUAACACCAUUGCAGAGCUGAAGGAGCGUCUGGAUGAUGCCAAUUCUAAACUUUUGCCGAAAAAGAAAUUUUCAUUCAGAAACAAGGUCAGUAAACCAAACCCCAAAAUGAUCGAAGAAAAACCCUCUACAGAAAACAACGAGAAGAAUGUAAUUGGUAAAAACAAUUUUUUUGUGUACGAUGCCCCAGGGUUCAGAAACAGGGAUGGAGUAGUCUUGGUAAAGGACCUGAAUCUUUCUAAAGACGGGGAUUUUGCAUUAUCCGAUUUGGUUGAUUGUAAAGUGUAUCUCAGGGGUGGGUUAAGGGCCCUGUUUAUCCACAGAUUGAAGGGCUGCCAGGUAUUUGCCGGUCCUGUUAUGGGUUCUGUGCUGAUAGAGGAAGCAGAAAAUUGUGUGUUCGUGCUUGCAUCUCAUCAGAUUAGGAUUCACCAGACUGUAAAUACGGACUUCUAUCUUAGGGUCAGGAGCAGACCUAUAGUUGAGUAUACUAGCAAUGUCAGGUUUGCUCCUUAUGCAUUGUUUUACAGAGGGAUCGACGAAGAGCUGCAAAAAUCUGAUCUUAAGGAUGAAACUGGAAUGUGGGCUAAUGUGGAUGACUUCAGGUGGUUAAGAGCAGUGGCAUCACCCAAUUGGAGUAUAGUUCCAGAGGCUGAUCGGUUACCACUCGUAGAUAUUUCGGAUAUCAAAGCAGAGGAAACAGCUCUACCAUGAGGAAUUGUAUUGAAAUGUUGGUUUCCAUGCAAGCUAAUUUCAAGGCAAGGGCCCUGUGCUGAAACCAACUUAAGCCAUUCUGCUAGAAUGUAUUCUUUUAUGUGUCCUGAACGUCUUUCUGGAAUUUUAGAACCAAAUCUGUUCAGAUUUAUAACUAUGAAAAUAAGUCUGAAGCUCUCUUGGUGCCACCAUCGAAAUGGAGAGGGAUAUUUUUUGUAACUCGGUCUUUCAAAAAAAGUUAUUGCAAUUGCAAAGAUGUCUCCAAUUUCUGAA